AUUUGUCAUAGUACAAUUUUUUUCUGGUGAGAUUAGUGUUUCUUUAAGAAAAGCGGUACAGAGUACGCGAUCGGAAAACCGGGCGGUCCCUCCUCCGCAUGUCUUGCGCUGGGCGACUGUGCGAGGUGAUAGCGUUUUAAUUUCAUGGGACUAAACACUCGUGAGAGCCCGCGCUCGCCUUCUCACAGGGAGAUUCGCUGAGCAGACCGGCCGUGCAUAACCCACGCAAGGUCAGCGACGACAUCAAAGGCAAGCUGACACCGCGGAACGCAUUGGGGAAGACGACCUCUCUCUUUUUUUUUUUUUGCUUUACAUGUUCCAAAGGAAAGUUCACAUCACGCUGUCCCAGGUAUUAAGGGGGUAGGUUUGUGGACAGAAGAGUGACUGACCGCCCCGCAAUUCCCACGAUAAUUGUUCGUUAAAUGCUACAUGUCUAAGGAGGACAUUAAAAAAUAACUGUGAUUACAGUAGUUAGUCGCGAGGCAACAAAAGACCGGACUGAACUUAUUUUUUUAUUUUAAGUUAGAUGAAGGUACUUGUCUGCGUUCGUGAACGAACUAUUUUCCAGAUUGCUGUUGGGACUCUGCUCAGAUUUAAUCAUUGCGACUACCAUUGUAUUUUUAACUGUUUUUUUCCAAAAUGAUUGGUUUUACCUGGCUCCUGUUCUGCGGGCUGCUUCACGUCUCUGUCCUGCACGCGGCAUGCCCACCGCGCUGCGAAUGUUCCGAAGCUGCGCAAACUGUUAAGUGUGUUUCCAAGGACCUGCGACACAUACCGACCGGGAUCCCCGGUUACACGCGGAACCUUUUCAUCACUGGGAACCACAUAAGUCGAAUCGGAUCAGAGUCGUUUAAAGGACUCGAUAACGUGACCACGCUGUCAUUGAGCAACAACGGGAUCACAGAGCUGGAGCCCCAGGCUUUCUCUGGCCUGCACAGCCUCCUCUUCCUGGACCUGAGCGGCAACCGCCUGGCGGCGAUCCCCCCCGAGGCACUGGCGGUCCCGGGCAGGACGCUGCAGGAGCUGAACCUGAGCCGGGCCCUCCGGGACCCCUCCGCCGGGGCCGACCUGGCCCGCCUGCUCCGGGGGGGCGCCCUGAGCGGUCUGCGCGGGCUGGACCUGUCCGGGAACGCGCUCGGAACCCUCCCCCCCGGCGCCUUCCGCCGCCUCCCCGCCCUCCGGCGCCUCCUGCUGGCCAACAACUCCCUGGCGGCGCUGCGGAACGGCACGCUGGCCGGCCUGGGGCGCCUGGAGGAGCUGGACCUGAGGCGCAACGCCUUCCGGGGCUUCUGGGGCGAGAGCCUGGCCGAGCUGGAGGCGGCGCCCCGUGCCCGGCUGCUCCUGGCCCACAACCCGCUGUCCUGCUCCUGCGCCGCCCUGCCGCUCGCCCGCUGGCUCAACGGCUCGCGGGAGCGGCCCGCCGACGCCGAGCGGCUGGCCUGCGCCUCGCCGCCCGCGCUGCGGAACUACACCCUGCUGGAGGCGGGCGGGGCGCCGGGCGGCUGCCUGGAGGACGAGGCGGGCGAGGGGGGCGAGGGCGGCGGGGGCGCCGACCUGGCCCUGCAGACCUCCUACGUCUUCCUGGGCGUGGUGCUGGGCUUCGUGGGCGUGGUCUUCCUCUUCGUCCUCUACCUGAACCGCAAGGGCAUCAAGCGCUGGAUGUUCGACACGCGGGACGCCUGCAGGGAGGCGCUGGAGGGGUACCACUACCGCAUGGAGGUGGAUUCGGACCCGCGCCUGUCCCACGUCUCCACCACAGCCGACCUGUGAUCCCCGGGGGGGGGGGGAUCACACACCACACCCCUGCUUCUGUCCCAGAUGGAGAUUUGCACCGCCAGCGGAUUUGGAAAGCCUGUAAAUGCCACGUGUACAUAUGCAGCGUAUGUAAAUACAUAAACGUCCAGCGAUAUCCUUCAGCAACAUUUUGUCUCUAUGAAAGCAUGCGCGACCUGCCUGAUUUCAGCGUGCCGUCCAUCCGGUCCUCCGCUCCAUCCAUGGCCCAGGGUGGGCAGCAGGCUCAGGCAGUCAUCAAGUGAGGACUUGAGAGUUACCCCAGACCGGCUAAAGACUCAGAGAGCAAACGAGCGAACGUCGACCCCCUCCUAAAACCGUGCGCCCUCCUAUUGCGAAGUGCCUUGACCUCUAGAGGUUUUAGUAAGACCCCCUCUCCAUCCCCUCUCUCGCACAGUGACCGGUGGUGCGAUGCUUGACGAGGGAUGGGUUGUC